AUGGGGGAGGGCGUCCACCAGCAGUACUACAGUAUCGUCUUGAAAACCAAGACUCUCAGACUUCCUAAGAGGGAGCUUUGCAGGAGUGCUUUGAGAGUGAAUGAGUGUGCUGUGUCUCGGUGCGCCUUCCAGAUGCUAACUGUUUCUCUCCUUGCUUUUCUGCCCUCAGAUGAACCGACUCCUAAGGAAGUCAGCAGGUACCAGGAUACGAACAUGCAGGGAGUCGUGUACGAGCUGAACAGCUACAUAGAGCAGCGGCUGGACACCGGCGGGGACAACCACCUGCUCCUCUACGAGCUGAGCAGUAUCAUCAGGAUAGCCACAAAAGCCGACGGAUUUGCACUGUACUUCCUUGGCGAGUGCAAUAAUAGUCUGUGUGUGUUCACACCACCCGGAAUGAAGGAAGGUCAACCCCGGCUCAUCCCCGCAGGGCCCAUCACCCAGGGCACCACCAUCUCUGCCUAUGUGGCCAAGUCUAGGAAGACUCUGUUGGUAGAGGACAUCCUUGGGGAUGAGCGGUUUCCCAGAGGCACUGGCCUGGAGUCAGGAACCCGAAUCCAGUCUGUCCUCUGCUUGCCCAUCGUCACUGCCAUUGGAGACUUGAUCGGCAUCCUUGAACUGUACAGGCACUGGGGCAAAGAGGCCUUCUGCCUCAGCCAUCAGGAGGUUGCAACAGCCAAUCUCGCUUGGGCUUCCGUGGCAAUACACCAGGUACAGGUGUGCAGAGGUCUCGCCAAACAGACGGAACUGAAUGACUUCCUGCUCGAUGUAUCAAAGACAUAUUUUGAUAACAUAGUCGCCAUAGACUCUCUACUUGAACACAUCAUGAUAUAUGCAAAAAAUCUAGUGAACGCCGACCGCUGCGCGCUCUUCCAGGUGGACCACAAGAACAAGGAACUGUACUCGGACCUGUUUGACAUUGGGGAGGAGAAGGAGGGGAAGCCCGUCUUCAAGAAGACCAAGGAGAUCAGGUUUUCCAUCGAGAAAGGGAUUGCGGGUCAAGUGGCAAGAACGGGGGAAGUCCUGAACAUUCCCGACGCCUACGCGGACCCUCGCUUUAACAGGGAGGUGGACCUAUACACGGGCUACACCACGCGGAACAUUCUGUGUAUGCCCAUAGUGAGCCGAGGCAGCGUGAUUGGCGUGGUGCAGAUGGUGAACAAGAUAAGCGGUAGCGCCUUCUCCAAGACAGACGAGAACAACUUCAAGAUGUUUGCUGUCUUCUGCGCUCUGGCCUUGCACUGUGCUAACAUGUACCACAGGAUCCGCCACUCCGAGUGCAUCUACAGGGUUACCAUGGAGAAGCUGUCUUACCACAGCAUCUGCACCUCGGAGGAGUGGCAAGGCCUCAUGCACUUCAACCUGCCAGCACGCAUCUGCCGGGAGAUCGAGCUAUUCCACUUUGACAUUGGUCCUUUUGAGAACAUGUGGCCUGGGAUCUUUGUCUACAUGAUCCACCGGUCUUGUGGGACAUCCUGGUAUGAACAACCUGUGGGAUUUCUUAUGGAUUGGGGGGGGGGCAACCUCCUUUGCCCACUUUUACCUAACCAGGUUCUUUGCUGUAACCAUAUCUGCAUUUUCUCUUACCUCUCCAAGCGCAAAGGCCUGCUAAUUGCAUGUCUGUGCCACGACCUGGACCACAGGGGCUUCAGCAACAGCUACCUGCAGAAAUUUGACCACCCCCUGGCAGCCUUGUACUCCACCUCCACCAUGGAGCAGCACCACUUCUCCCAGACUGUGUCUAUCCUUCAGCUGGAAGGGCACAAUAUCUUCUCCACGCUGAGCUCCAGCGAGUAUGAGCAGGUGCUGGAAAUCAUCCGGAAAGCCAUCAUCGCCACCGACCUCGCCCUCUACUUUGGGAACAGGAAGCAGUUGGAGGAGAUGUACCAGACAGGGUCGCUGAACCUCCACAACCAGUCCCAUCGAGACCGUGUCAUUGGCUUGAUGAUGACUGCCUGCGAUCUUUGCUCUGUGACAAAACUGUGGCCAGUUACAAAAUUGACAGCCAAUGAUAUAUAUGCAGAAUUCUGGGCUGAGGGUGAUGAGAUGAAGAAGCUGGGCAUACAACCCAUUCCUAUGAUGGACAGAGACAAGCGAGAUGAAGUCCCUCAAGGACAGCUUGGAUUCUACAAUGCUGUGGCCAUCCCCUGCUACACUACCCUGACGCAGAUCCUCCCGCCCACAGAGCCUCUGCUGAAGGCCUGCAGGGAUAACCUCAAUCAGUGGGAGAAGGUAAUUCGCGGGGAAGAGACAGCAAUGUGGAUCUCAGGCCCGGUCGCUGGCAAGAGCACAUCUGAGAAGCUGAACGUGAAGGUGGACGACUGAUCCCGAAGCGAUAUCUGCCCAGCAAUCGACUCAACCUGCUUCUGUGACUUUGUUCUUUUUAUCUCUAAUGUGAAAUAAACUCCCAAACACCUGUUUAUUGUA